AUGGAUUUUAAAACACGAUUCUAAGGAAGAACUAGUACAAUGGAUAAAAAUGGAGUCAUAGGAAUAGUAUAAAAGACUUCAUAACCAAUAAAUAAAUAAAGUGAACCAUAAAUAAUCACAACAAACAUAAAUACGUAUUAAAAUCCUCCAUCAUACUAUUUUCAGAAGUUCCAAAAAAACGCUUAGAAAGUGUUAUAAUCAGAAGCAGAUAUUGAUUUAACUCCUUCAACAAGAUCUGAUUAUCCAUCAUAUAAAUUUAGACAUGACUUCUAAAAAUUGAAUAUGGAUGAAUAUGAAAUUAUUGCAAUUCCAAAAAAGGUUUUAGAAGGUGAGAAAUAUUCAAUGACUCAUUCUUUUGUACCAAUAGGAAAAUAAGGAAUAAAUAACAUAUCAAAUUCAUAAGUGGGUCAAAGUUAACACUUAAUUAAAACUCACUCAGAUAAUAGCUAUUCGAGAUAGUUGAAGAACCUUAAUCCAAAUCCUUUUAUUUAGGCGGGAUAUGGAGCACUUAAAUAGAAAUAGUUAUAUUUAUAGAAUCUAAGAAAAUGA